CCGCGCUACCCCGGAUUAUUGUCCCCCGAGAACCUCGCGAUAUUCAUUAAUAUGAUAAAGUGGGCCAAUUUGGGGAUAUACCCGGGUUUGGCUACACGUAUAAAGGCGCGGGCGCGGGACUGAAACACAAUGAGCAACUCAACUUCACUGCCCAUAAUGAAGGUUCUAUUUCCAUUGCUUUGGCUAUCCGCCGUCGUUUCUGCUGCUGCUCCGACCCUUGUGGUGCACAAUAACGGCACCAAUGGUGAGUUUUCGACGACUAUCAGUAAUGAUGUGAUUUCGAUGCAUGUGGGACGACAAUAUGGAACCAAACUCAUGUACAAAGGCGAAGACCUUGUCAAGAAUGCUACCGGUGCUUAUGGUAGUUAUGGUAGCUAUUACGACCUCAACUACACCUCCGUCACAAUCACCUCGCGCACCUCGCGCAUGCUCGACGUCGCCUACACAUCGAAGGAGGGUGAUAUUCACUUUGUUCUUUUCACUGGCCUCUCUGGCUUCUACUCGUAUUUCGUCAACACUGCCUUAGGCGUACAAGGCGAAUUCCGCACUCUCUACCGCCUCACCCCGGAGCUCUUCCCAAACGGCCGAACCUACCUCAAAGACGCACCCCUCCCCUUGUUCGAAACCAUCCUCACCUCCCCCUCGGUCCAAGAUGAAACCUGGCAAGCCCCAGACGGUACCUACAUCACCAAAUACGACAACUCCUUCUUCGUCCGCCAGUCGGAUUUCUACGGCGUGUACGGUCCCACUGUCGGUGCAUGGAUGAUCAACCCGGGCAAAGACUACCUCAAUGGCGAUCAAUUAAAGCAGGAACUCAGUGUCCACCGCGAGAGCCGAACAAAUGACGCAGUGCUGUUGAACAUGCUCCACGGCACGCACUUCCAGGGUGCGUUCUCGGACGUGAUCCCUGUGGGAAAAGUGUUCGGGCCAUGGUUGGUGUACAUCAACGAUGGCAGCGUAGCGGACGCGGCAAAGGUGGCGAGGGAAGAGGAGAAGAAGUGGCCUUACAGCUGGCUCAAGGACGAGAAGUACCUUUCGCGGGGAACGGUCGAGGGCCGCUUAGUUCUCGCCGACGGGACGCCCGCUGCCGGAGCAGCCAUCUUCCUCGGCGACGAGGGCCGGACGAUCGCGCAAGGCACGACAUUCCAGUACACCACCAACGCAUCCGCCUCGGGCUACUUCAGCAUCCCCAACGUGCGCACCGAGAAGCAAUAUACCCUGCAAGCCUGGGGUAACGGCGGCAAGCUCGCGGGCGUGACCACCGUCUUCUCCAAGAGCAACAUCACGCUCUCUGCCGGCAAGCGACGGAAUCUGGGAACACUCAAGUGGACGCCGCAGCCCCGCAAAUCCCUGUGGCGCAUCGGUGCGUUCGACCGCAAGGCCACUGGCUUCAAGCUCGGCGGCUUGCCCUACACCCACGGCCUUGUCGAUGGCUGCCCCGGAAACUUGACGUUCACUAUCGGCGUCUCGAGCGAGCAGGAGGACUGGUGUUUCGGCAAGUCCGCGGCUGGGACCUGGAGCGUUCUGUUCUCCGCCAAUACCGUCGCCGCCAACGCGUCCUCCGUGCUCACCGUCUCCCUGGCAGGUUACAGCGGCAGUGGCACGCGCAUUGGCGGUGUCGGCAGUUCGCUCGAAAUUUCCGUCAACGGCGUCAACGUGGGGGAUAACGCCACGCCGCUCGGUGGGAAUGAUCCGGGACUCUACAGGAGUGCAACGUCGGCAGGCGAGUGGAGGUAUUUCGAGUGGGCUCUGCCAGCCGGUGCAUUGAAGCAGGGAGAUAACGUCGUCGACUUUACGAUAGUCACCGCAACUAGGUGGAGGGGCGUUAUGUGGGAUGCUGUCAUGUUGGAGCAGAGCUAGGUAGGGUGAGAUUUCGUGAGGGGCGCAUGAGCUGGAGGAAUGGGAAUAAAUAAGCAAUGGUAAUAUGAUGUAGCAUUCCCA